AUUUUUUGUAACUUUUGUUUCUGAGUUCUUCUUUCUUUUGAUAAGCUUUGUCCUCCUCCUCUUAGAACCAAACAUGGCGAGUCUUGGCCAUAUAGCCAGAGAAUCCUCCGACAUCAAACGCCUUGCCGAGUUUUACAAAGAGGUGUUUGGGUUCGAGGAGAUCGAAAGUCCUGAUUUUGGAGACCUAAAGGUGAUAUGGCUAAACUUACCAGGUGCUUUUGCAAUGCACAUUAUCCAGAGAAACCCUUCAACCAACCUUCCAGAAGGUCCUUACAGUGCUACCUCAGCGGUUCGUGAUCCUAGCCAUCUCCCAAUGGGUCACCAUAUCUGCUUCUCCGUCCCAAAUUUCGACUCUUUCCUUCAUUCUCUCAAGGAAAAAAGGAUAGAAACUUUUCAGAAGUCUCUUCCUGAUGGAAAAGUCAAGCAAGUUUUCUUCUUUGAUCCAGAUGGAAACGGAUUAGAGGUAGCAAGUCGAUCUUGAGCGUACCUGAAAUAAAGAUGUGGUAAUAAUCAGUUUGUUGGAACAGGAUAACUAAAGGCUGCAUAUGUAGAAUAUGUCUAGGUUUGAUGUUAACUUGUGACAACUUACGCUUCAAAGUUCGUGUCAUGUGCUUUGAAUGUUGGAUGUAUCGCAUUUAUGAGCUUUUCCUUGUCUAGUUGUUGCCAUGUCCCUAUAACAACACCGAAGAGAUUGGGAUAGUUAUAAUAGAGAUAGAGACCCAACUAAAAACAACCAUACAUUCAUAUAUUAUUUGUGAUGAAUCUAUGAAAUUUUGGGUUA